CAUGGGCACAGCCCACUUCUUCAGAUGACCAGAGUUUUAUUUGUAGACUUUGCAGAUGUUGCAGUCACAUUACCUUCUGCUGUGAUCUAAAUGAAUCAGUACUUAGAUGAUAGCUCACCAAGGAAAACCUAGAUGCUGUAGGAAGUAGAGCUGGUGGUCCAAUCAUGUCAGUCAGUAGUGAACUGAACUGAUACCCCAAUGUGGUAGUGGGGGAACCAUGCUAUUGGAGGUUCUGUCUUUCAACUGACAUAUAAAAUCAAGCUCUUGAGCACUUGUGGUCAUUAUGGAGUAAGGCAGUAGUAUCCUGGCCAGAUUCCAACUUGGAUAAUUAUGUUCUACUGACUUAGGUGUACCGUGGUCGUUUCCACAUAUCAGUGUUGGACAAAGUGAUUUCUGCGCAUUUCUGUGAAUCAGUUCAAUUCUGUAAAACGCCUUGUGAUCUUCCAGAAUGAACAUGAACGGUGUGCUAGCAAUACCACCGUAUCCUUUAGAGAUUGUUCGACCAGGCCUCAUGUUGAAUGACUUCAUUCCUGAUUUCCUUGAAGUGCCAAUGCUCCAAUUCAUUUAGUAUUUCUGAGGUGACCUGGAUAGCAAGGGACUGUAUUAUCCCUCAUAUGUUGCAUAGAGACAGUUAAUGUUUUCUUUCACUGAACACUUCUCUCAUUUGUUUGUACCCAGAUUUGCUUACUUACAUGCAAUGUUUGCCGUGUACACCCACAAGUUUUCUGGGUGAGAUCACAGUAUUUCACUGGGAAAUUGCUUCUGGUUUAUAUCCAGAAGGCGUUACACUGAUUAGUUCUUAAUUCUUUUCCUCCACAUUAAAAAUAGAACUAAGAAUACACUGUUUUGGUUGCCUCAUGUAGUUCUAAAGAGUCACUUUCUUGACCUUCAAUAUGCUAACCAGUCUUCAGUGGGCUGAUAAACUUGCUGUUAAACAAGAAUCCUAAAGAAAAAGCCACCUCAGUGACUAACGUUCUGUUGCCCACACUGGUAUUGACAACCCUUCAAAUUAGGAGCUAAGAUCUGAAAUGCACAAAGUAGUAAUGGCUAUUCACAAGAAGCUUGUAAAUGGGCAGCUCUCCCAGCCUUUGACAGAGAUCUGAUGAUUGCGAGUGGUAGCACUACAAGUGCGGAUGACCUGCAGAGCUGUAUGCUGUAUAGGCAGGAUUGUUUCUGGAACGAUGCUGGCUCUUUCUAAGCUACUUUCGCCUCUUGUUGGUUGCCAGACCUGCCUUUGGGAGCAUGAACACCACUGGCUCUGGACUCUUGUUUAAAGACACUUUGUAAAAUAAUAUAUUGUGUGCACAAUGCCUGUUUCUUCACUACAACUAUUAAUAGAAAAAGUAUCACUGAUUGUAAAGAGAUACAAUGAUGGUUAUAUAGCGCCUUUCAUCCCAAACCUUGCAAACUAUGAACAGCCAUGUAUGCCCCAAAGUGUGAGCAUUUCAUGACAUUUGGAUAUCUUCCGAGCUUCCUGCAUUGACUUUUGGGUAUAUUGCUAGUGACUCUUUGCGAGCACAUAAUGGCGUCUUUGAACCCAGGUAGUUUUCAGGCCUAACAGUUUGCUCCAUGAAUUUGUUCAGAACUGAGGGGAAACAUGCGUGUGUCCUGUGUGUUGAUGCUGCAUGCCUAGUGGAAGUGUCCUAACACAUGGUUGAGGGAAUGGCAGAAGGAGGGGACGCCGGGGCUCCGCCCAUCCAUCUGUGGGUGCGACGGGUAGGCGUCUACUGUGAUGAACGCCGUAAAACAUGGCUCGUGGCUGUGGAAGAGGAGGCAGGCACCCUGAGGGCCCGGAUUCAACGAGUUCGGGUUCCCCUGGGUGAGGCGUUGCGACCCAGCCAACUUCCCCCAUCACAGCUGCCUCACAUGUGGCAGCUUUCCGAGGGCGAGCGGUACAGGGACAGUAACUCUCGUGUUUGGCAGAUACAGCACCACCUAAUGAUUGGGGGAGUUGAAGAGCUGCUGCUUAGACUCAUGCCUGGUGAUUAACCUGGAGCGGUGACUCUUGGAAGAUGUCCCUGUUUGUUUUGUACAAUAGAUGAUUCUCCCACCGCUGAGGUGGGAGGUGGCAGCUGCUUAACA